AUGAUGGCAACAAGUGAACAGACUGUAUCAAGAACGGGUCACACGAGAGUCCAGUGGAUGUUGGCCUUAAUAGCCAACUCCACCCUCCUGCUGUACGGCCUGGAGACAGGGUGGAUGUCACCGAUGACCAAAACCCUGCAGUCGGACCAAUCCCCGGUAGGGAGUCCCAUUUCUGACAGCACGCUCUCAAUGGUAGCCAGCAUCCUGUGCAUCGCGGCCGUGUUGAGCGUUCUGAUCUACUCCUACGUCGCCGAUGCCUAUGGACGGAAGGCCGCUGUUAUCGCAAUGGCCCUGCAACAAUCUUUAUCAUGGAUAAUCCGGCUGUCCUGGAAGUCGACAGCUGGCUUACUCGUGGCGCGGGCAUUGAGUGGUUUCGCGGCGGGCGGUUGUUUCACCAUAGUGCCGAUGUACGUCAAGGAAAUCAGUCAGGAAAACAUAAGAGGUCUACUGGGCUCUCUGCUCACCGUCUCACAGAAUUCGGGCAUAUUCAUAAUGUACGUUAUGGGGGCGUACAUCGACUAUAACACGAUUAUCUGGAUCGUGUUCUCGAUACCGUUGUUUACUGCGGUCCUGAUGAUCAAAGCCCCAGAGUCACCUGCAUUUCUGGUACACAAGGGUAGGAUUCAGGAUGCUAUCAAUUCCAUUGCAUAUCUGAGAGGUCUGGAUGUAAACAGCAAAAUAGUCCUGAACGAAGUCGACACCAUGAAAGAUCAAGAAUUGUAUUAUAAAACGAUACCUGAGAUUUCGUUCGUUUCCAUAUUUCGAAACAGAGUAUGGAGGCGGACUGUCUUCCUGAUCCUUCUCAUCAUAUCGGUGCACGCAACCAACGGCGCUGUCGCCAUCAUCACGUACGGAUCCAGCACUCUCGCCUCCAGCGGAGUCCAGUUCAGCAUCAGUCCCGAGCUGCAGACGCUGAGCUUCCCCAUCGUGAUGAUGAUCGGCUCUUUCAUGUCCAUGAGCUGUGUAGAAAGGUUUGGCCGUAAGCCGCUUCUGGGGGGAUCGUUGCUGAUUUCCGCCAGCUCCAUGGGCACCCUUGGGGCAGCCCUGGUGCUGCAAUCUCACGGCGUCUCAUCACCGAGCUGGCUGCCAGUGCUCGCCAUGAUGAUGGCCCUGUUUGCUUACGGCGGCGGUGUUCUUCCAAUGCCUUUCAUCAUCAUGUCCGAAAUGCUCAACUAUCAAAUCCGGGCCAAGGUCAUGGGGUUGGCGGUUACGUAUUCGUGGUUCAUGUCCUUCUUCCAGUUGUAUAUGUACUCGCCGAUCAGCGCUUCCUUGGGGCAGCACGCAAACUUCUUCUUCUAUUGCGGUAUCAACCUUGCCGGCUUCUUUAUCUGCCUCCUCUUCAUUCCCGAAACCAAGGGCAAAAGCGACGAGGAGAUCGAGGAAGAGCUUAGGAAGAAG